AUUCUUACUUUGGUUUAGUUAGAACUAUUUGAGAGUUUAAAAGAUUUAGAUAGUUAAUUCGAACGUUCGGAUUGUCUACAGGAAAAAGUCGAUUCUCAAGAACACAUAAAAAGAUUGAAAAUGGAACGUAGCGAAGGGAAAACGUCUUUACUAUGCCUCUUUCUUUUUACAUAUUGUCUACAAUGUCGCUGUGAUAUACCCGUUGUACAGAAUUGGCCUAGUUCUGUCACUUUACCUGAAAACAUACCUAUAGGUACGGUGAUGUUUAACUUCACCGUAAAAAGUGACAUAUUUGACGAAGAUAUAUCUAUCAACACACAAGAUUCGACGACCUUUGGCGUCGUUAACAUAAACCAAAACCGCGGAAACAACGUUUUCGCACAAGUCAUAUCAAAGACGGAGCUGGACCGAGAUGGAUACGGAAUACCAGGAAAAACAACUUCUAUCUUAAAGUUUGUGGUGAUAGACCUGAGGGGGAACACGCUCAACUUAUUAACAACACUGAAGUUAAUCGAUGUUAACGACAAUACACCGCAACUAGAAAAUACACCGUAUCAAUGGUCAAUUAGUGAGUAUUCUAAGAAUGGAAAUGAGACGUUUAGAAGAAUAAAAGCGACUGACUUGGAUGAGGGGAUCAACGGAAACGACGGAAUCGUUUUUAAAAUGGAGCCAAUAGUCGAGCCAGAAUCACUCGUCCUGGAAUACUUAUCAACGUUCAGUAUAGAUUCUUCAACUGGUGUGAUAAGACAAAAGCGUGCAUUAGACUACGAAGAACAUAGUGUGUACCAUUUCAAUAUAAGCGCUACGGAUCAAAAAGGCAACGGAAGAACGAGCGAAAGUACUAUAUUAACAAUUACAGUAAUAGACGUUCAAGAUACACCCCCAGUCUUCACAAGUGGGUCAUACAAAGCUUUAGUACGUAAUGAUGCUGAAAUAGGUACCCAUGUCAUCACUGUUCAUGCGCUAGACGGGGAUACGGGAUAUAGACCGAUGAACGCAAUUGGUUAUUAUAUCUCCCCAGGUGGGUGCUCCGAAGUGUUCACAAUAAAUGACCAAGGAGGAAUAAACACUAGGCUACAUAUCGACCAAAACACAGACGCUUUUGAAUCAGCAUGUGAACUUGAUGUUGUAGCACAGGAAGUACUUUAUGACGCAAAUCAACAAUACGGACCAAUAAAAACUAAAGCUACAGUAUAUGUUAUGUUACGAAGCAAAGAAAGCCAAGAUGAGUUUGACAGAUGCAGUAGUGAUAGUCCAAAAGUGGUUGGAACAUUGUUGGUUACACUUCUUAUUGGCAUACAAAGAUUCAUUUAAUAUAUAUACAAUAAUACAUGUCUUAAAAAAAUAAUUUAUUAAAAUAUUUAUCAGUAUUGACAAUUUAUUUAUCAGUAUUGACAAUUAUUAUUUGAGCUAA